AGGAGAAUGCCAUGAACUUGCGGGUCCUGGAGAACAGUCUGGAAAAAAGCCAGUUUAAGUGCAAGGAGGCCGAGAACAUCAUGAUUGACUACCUGAAAUUAAAGAGUCACUUACAGGAUGAGAGUCUGGCGUAUCAGAGCCAGCUCGACACUCUGCAAGCAGAAAUCCUGAAGCACAGAGAGGAGCUUCGCAGUCUGCAGGUCGUGAAUACUGACAGCCAGCUCUCCAAAGAAGCUGCUAAGGCUGAGUUGCAGCAGCAGGAGGAGCUGCUUCACAAGGAGUGUAAGGAGAGGGACCAAGUGAUAGCAAGCUACAGGAAAAAGGUUGAUGAGCACAAGGCCCAGGCUGCAAAAGUUGAGAGAAGGGUACAGCGAGCAGCUGUGCAGCUGGAUGAACUAAGCAGUGAGGUCCAGCACAGCACCACCAGGAUGCUGGCUGAAGAGGAGAAAGACAUUUCGACUGCUGAGGAGGCCUUCAGACGCAUCAAAGAGGCCACAGGGAUCACCGAUAUACAGGAAUUAGAGGAGCACUUUACUUCUCAGAAGGAGACACGUCGACAUCUGGAGAGGCGGCGGGAGGAGAACGAGGAGGUCCUGCUGCAGCUGAAGGAGCAGAAGGAGCUUCUGGAGCAACAGUCUGAAGAGAUUAAAUAUUCUGGGGAGGCUAAACUCUCCAGCCACCAGCAGAUGCUGCAGGAGCGUGAGCAGCAGCUGCAGGCUGAGCAGCAGAGGUGCGAUGAAGCCGAAGAGCGACUGGAUCGGCUUGUGAAAACCCUCGGUCCCGUCCGUCACGGAGUUGAGCACCUGGCAGACCAUCUUCAGCACAUCUCACUGGAUGAGCACACAGUUCCCAACAUGCAUCCAGACUCAGAGGACUUUGUGGUGCUGAAGCUGAUGGCCCAGUGUGAGCAGAAAUUGGAGUCCCUGCAGAAAGAGCUUGAGGGGAUGGAUGUGGCAGCUAUAAUGAAGGAGAUGGAAGAAAAGGAGUUCUACGUCAGGAUUGAGGGGAAACACAGCACCCAAGUCAAGCCACCUGAGGAUCAAGCAGAAGAUCCCUACAGUGAUGAGGACAAGAGUGACAAGGACUGGGCUCACGUCAUCUCUCGUGAGGCACUGAAGCGUCAAUCUCAGCUAAUCGUCGACUCCAACUCAAAAAGAAAGGCCCAGAAGAAGAGGAAGGGCAAGUUUUAAUCCGACGGCAUCUCCAAACUCUCCCACAAUAAAGCAGUGAUGUGUAAAACGGGAUGAUUUUAAGCCGAGUGAACAGACUGUGAUUUGCCAUUUGUUAGGGCCGAGAGGGCCAGGCUGUGGGUGUGGACUCAAAUGCAGACACAGAGGGAGGCAAAACGGGCGUGAACACAGUGCUUUAUUUACAGUGCCUAGUGAACUUACAAAGCAGGAAACUAUGAAUGCUAUGAACGGAGAAUGCUAUGAACUGUGAACUGUGAGGCCAAACUGUGAACAUGAAACUCUGAGUGCUAUGACUAGGUGCUAGAUUUCACGGAUGGAUCCUGGGAAUGGAAAAAAGGGGCAGCGGCUUGGAUGGAGGUACGCAGUCACUAUAAUAAGAGGAGACAAGUAGUCAGUGGCAAUCUAGUGAAUCACAGCUGAACAAUUAGACUAUGGUGGUUAGGGCUUACGCGUUGCAGGUUAAAGUGUCAUGCGAGGAGGAGGUGUCCAAGGGGUUCCGGGUGAGGAGUGUCCAGAGAGGAUCCAGAAUAUGCUUGGAGUGAGGGGCUUGGCAGGGAGGCAGGCAGGUGUUGUCCGAUGAUGGAAAGGAAGCAACCAGAUGACAGAACCAGCGUCCAGGCAGAGAUGUGAGUAGUUUAGGUUGGAA